UCAUUCUCUCCUUCAAUAUUUUAUUUCUAAUUAAUUUUGUUGCAAGAAAGGAUUUUUAGUGUUGCCGUGGCGAUUGUGCACGUGACAGACGUCUAAUCCCUAAAAAAUGGCGGAUGAUGAUGCUCAACGUUAUCACUGUGACUACUGUGGCUGUGACAUUACUCUGAGGCUGAAAUGCUAUGUUUGCCCUGACUUUGACCUAUGUUUGGAGUGUUUUGCUUCGGGUGCUGAAGCUGGAGGUCAUAAUAAAGGCCACUCCUACCAGUUGAUUGAUGAGGGCAGUUUCCCUCUACUAGUGGAUGAUUGGGGAGCCAUUGAGGAGGUCCUGCUGUUGGAUGCAGUGGAACAAGACGGCUUCGGAAACUGGGAUGACAUUGCAGCUCAUGUUGUCACCAAAACUGCACGAAAUUGCAGAGAGCACUACAAUGACAUGUACAUCAACAGUACAAUCGGAGAAGGUGUCAUUUCCAGUACCUAUCAUGAAACUGUAUUGGAGGAUCACGGAGGAGAAAUUCCCCCCUCACCGGCUAACUUCACUCCUGUCAAGCUGGAGCAUGCAGAGCAGUUGGAGCUCGGCUACAUGCCUCUCAGAGACGAUUUUGAAAAGGAGUACGACAAUGAUGCCGAGGCUCUAGUGAGCACACUAACAGUGAACCAGGACGAUGAUGAGGUGGAGACAGCCCUCAAACAAGCACACAUUGACAUGUACAACAAGAGACUAAUAGAGAGAAUCAAAAAGAAGAGGGUAGCUAAGCAACACAAUCUUAUUGCUGGAAAACAGAAGCAAAGUGCGUUCAAGAGAAAGAUGCCCAAAGAGGAAAGGGAGCUGCGUAGUCAGUACAAGCUGCUGGCUCGGCUGAUGGAGCCUGAGGAGUACGAGACGUUCCUGAGCUCACUGAAGAAAGAGAAACAGUUACGGGAAAGGAUCAGGCAACUCAAGAGGUAUCGCAAGAACGGACUCACAAAGACAGAAGACUGUCCUGAGUUCGACUCUCUGAGCAAAGAGGAGAGCAAGAAGCUCAGUGACACAGACGGUGCUGAUUCAGAUUCUGAUCAGGAUCUCAUUCUGCCUCAAGGAAUUGACCUGCUCUCUGCUUCAGAGAGAAAGCUUUGCAACUCCCUCUCGAUGAAGCCGAGGGAGUACAUGUCAGCCAAGACUGAAGUGAUCAAGACAUCUGCUAUGAAAAGAAGUGGGUGCCCAGUCAAGCCCAAAGUCCCCAAACAUUUACCCUCAGAACACAAGCAAAAACUUCAACAGUAUUUCACUCGAUCAGGAUGGCUGGGAUAGAGUCUGCACCAAGUGUGCCAUAAUGGUCGGCCCUUCCAAGCAUGGCUCUAUUAAACACACUACACAGUUAUAACAAGCUGUGUCAGCUAUAAAUGAACAUUUCAUCUCAUAUUUAAUAUCCCUGAUUCACUUUUUAUUUUUUGAUAUCCAUGGCCAGUUGUUGACAACAUUAUGAUGUACGGAUAUAAGUACUGACAACAUG